CUGUUCAUGUGAAUAAGGCGCGUUGUUUUGUAACGUACUUAUACCUGUUUAACGUACUUAAACAGGAACUUACCGUUUAAAUAGACUCGCGGGUCGAACCCGGUGUUCGAGUUUUUGUGUUCGGAAGUAAGUAAGUUGCCCUUUCUCUGUCCAGUGUAGCUAACAUGGAGGAGGCUAACAAGCUAAUCGGCACGGGCAAGAAGCACCUGGUGAUGGGGAAGGUGGUGGAGGCGGUGAACGUCCUGCAGGAGGCCUGCGGCAUGCUAGCUAAGAAGUAUGGGGACACAGCCGACGAGUGUGGCGAGGCUUUCUACUGGUGUGGUAAAGCUCUGCUGGAUUUGGCACGGAUGGAGAACUCGGUGCUGGGUAACGCUCUGGAAGGAGUGCCGGAGGAGGAGGAUGAAGAAAAACCCAAGGACUCCAACGUCGAGAGCACAGAAAACAUCGAUGAGAAGACCAGAGAUGAGCUGAGGGUUCAGGUGUACGACGCCAUGGCGGAGAAGAAAAGCGAAGACCCGGAGAAGAUGAAAACUGAAGGAGGGGACAAGGGCGAAGAUAAAGAGAAGAGCGGCGACGCAGAGAAGGACGAGGCUGGUGAUGAGCCACAGAGCGCGACAAAGAGUGAGACGGACGAGGAAAAAAAGAGUGAGGUUAAUGGAAGCAAGACUGAGAGUGAAGACAAAGAGGCUGAGAAAGACUCCGGAGACAAGGAAGGGGAGGCAGAAGACGACGAGGAGGAGGAGGAUGAAGAGAUGGAGGGGGAUGCGGAGGAGCAAGGUGAAGGAGAGGACGCAGCUGAGAAGGACAGUGAGGAUGAGGAGGUGGGGAACCUGCAGCUGGCCUGGGAGAUGUUGGAAGUAGCUAAAGUCAUCUACAAAAGGAAAGAGUCUAAGGAGGAGCAACUCAUGGCAGCCCAGACUCACCUGAAACUUGGCGAAGUUUCUGCUGAAUCAGGAAAUUACGCUCAGGCAUUGGAGGAUUUCCAGGAGUGUCUGAAGCUGCAGGUGAAGCACCUGGACCCAGACAGCCGCCUGCUGGCCGAGACUCACUACCAGCUGGGCCUGACUUACAGCUUGAAUCUCCAGUACAGCCAGGCCAUCGAGGAGCUGAAGAGCUCCAUCUCUGUGAUAAAGAGCAGGCUGGACAACCUGCAGGAGCUGCUGGACAAGGCGGAGGGUCCCGAGUCUCUACCUGACGAGAGGAAGGAGAUGGAGGAGCUGAAGGCUCUGCUGCCGGAGAUCAAUGAGAAGGUGGAGGACGCCACAGAGGGUCUGAAAACAUCCAGCACAGAUGCUAUGAAGGGUUCACCGGACGGAGGCUCCACGUCCUCUGCAUUGCCUGGGUCCACUGAACAGAAUGGCGUCCCUUCAUCCAGUUCAAAGAUUAACGGAACAUCAACCAACGGAGUCAGUUCUACCAACGGACACGCCUCCAAAGCUGCAGUCUCUGACAUCUCCCACCUGGUCAGGAAGAAGAGGAAACCAGAGGAGAGUCCAGUGAAGGAGGGCGCGGUCAAGAAGGUGAAGCAGGAUGCCGGUCAGACUAAUGGAGCGCAGGAGCCUCAGACUAACGGAGACGCUAACGGACACGCUUAAGUGCAGAAGCCGAGAGUCAGCGAGGCUGCCCGACGCCCCCCCAUGUUUUGUCUCCGCCCGAGAAGAGUGGCCAACAUGCAAAGCUCUCACUGUUGCCACACUUGUCUGCUGUUGUAAAUAUGUGUAUCUUUCUUCUUUGUGAGUGGUUGUUCACAUGUAACCUAUGAAGUUCAAUAAAACAAAAUAUCAUUUGAUAAA